GAGGUGCGAAUUUCCUGCCUGCCGUGGACGGCUCAUAAACUGCACGCAUCUCCACCGGAGAGAGCGCUGUCACGCCCCGUGUGCACUGACCCGACAAUUCUAUAACGGUUUCGGGGUCAAACGGCUUUUUAAAAAUACAGAAGUCAAAACUUACCGGUUCGACGUUCUUUCGGCAUGUCCGACGCCUUUGCUCGGGCGUAGCGCGUAGCGCGUGACAUAUGGGGGUUUCCCCAACUGAAGGACGGCCAAGCUCGGGCCAUCCGAGCUGUUACACAAGGCAAUGAUUGCUUUGUCGGUCUUGCGACGGGCGAAGGCAAAUCACUUUGCUAUCAAAUCUUGCCGUCCAUUUCUGAUGAGCCAACGAUGGUGGUCGUCAUCUCACCCCUCCAGGCUCUUGUUGCAGACCAGAUACGUCGCUACAAAGUAACCGGAUACACGGCUGUGCAUCUGGGCAGCAUAGAUGCCAUCACCGCAUUUGCUGCAAAUCCGGAUCCAACAACAAGAUUAGUUUUCAUGGCACCGGAAGAGGCAACAUCCACAGCUGGACGAAGAUUCCUUGCGAACACACCAAUCAAACUGGGACUGGUUGCUGUGGACGAGGCGCAUUGCAUCCCUGAAUGGGGAAGCGACUUCAGAACAGCCUUCAGCAGGAUUGGUACUUUACGAGCAGCCAUCCGCGAUGUGCCCUUCAUGGCCCUCACAGCCACUGCCACUGAAGCUGUGCGAACAGCUGUAACGGAGUGCCUGCAUCUAACCGGUGCAGUGGUCAUGGGGAAUCUUAACAGAAACAACAUUGUCAUCGUGAGAAAAAAAGGAGCAGGAAUGGAGUCUGACUUCAAGCCCCUAAUAGAGGACCUAAGAACAUCAAGGGAGAACACAAAGAAACACCUGAUAUACCUGUCCACAAAGCAAAAGUGCCAGACUCUGUGGAGAUUGCUAGAUGACGCUGUCCCAGGAAGUGGCCUUGUGGAGGUGUUCCAUGCAGACUUGUCUGCAGGCAAGAGGAAGAGGGUUCUUGAGGGUCUACAGGCAGGGGAUGUUCGUGUAGUGAUAGCAUCAAUAGCUUUCGGAAUGGGUAUUGACAUUCCUGAUGUGUCGUGUGUUGUGACGUAUGGACCUCCAACAUCAAUAAGCCAGCUGUACCAGCAAAUGGGACGGGCUGGGAGAAGUGCUCAAGUCGAGGCCGCAUUCAUUGCCUACAAAACGUCGCAAACGGACAAAGUCGAGCCGGAGGUGCAGUCCUUCAUGACGGAGGAGGGCUGUCUAAGAAAGGCUCUCUUGCAACACCUGGGGCAGAGAUUCAUCGCACAGCAGGACAAGUGCUGCAGCAACUGUGGAGAUGUGGAACCAGAUGCAAGCUGUCUCCUCUCCAAGCCGCCACCACCACCUCCUAAGGUCAGGAAGAAACAGAGACGACAUAGAGAGAAGACUGGAAAUGGUGAACAGUUAAAAGAAAGAAUACUACAACUACGAGACCGGGAGUUCCAGCAUCAGCCGCGGCUCUGCUUCUUCGGUCCGCAGGCUGUCAUGACGGAUGACACUAUAGACAAACUGGUGAAAUGGUGUCACCGGCUGCAUACAGAUGAGGACGUUAGAACUGUCAAGGGGGUGCCAGGUAACAUGGUACAAAAUAUCCUGGCUGCAAUAGACGACCUUUUUCCUGAAAAAAGAAACACACAACCAAGACGGAGACAGACCAACCCACCACAGAGACGACAGACCAACCCACCACAGAGACGACAGACCAACCCACAGAGGCGACAGACAAACCCACCACAGAGACAACAGACAAACCCACCACAGAGGCAACAGACAAACCCACCACAGAGGCAACAGACAAACCCACCACAGAGGCAACAGACAAACCCACCACAGAGGCAACAGACAAACCCACCACUAAGAAGAAGUAAGAGACACAGAAACCCACUGCAAGACAUAACAAAUAAUGUUUAGAUGCAAGAUAUGUAGUACAUGUAGUAGUAGUAGUAUA